AAGACUUCGCCCUCUCAGUCACACAGAUAAACGACCUCGCCAGGUAACCUACUUUUUGUUAGUGGACAGCAUUUUUAUUAUUUUAAUACGCGUCGCUUUCAGAUUAGGUUUUCUGUAUAUUUUCUGUAAGAGAGAAAACAUUUUAUUUCCAGAAGUUUAUUUUACGGAACCCAUUUAACCCCCCUACAUUUGUGUUUUUGUGUGGGUGUACCUGCGAAUCACCUGCAGUCGACAACAACAGCGACAAUUAUUUAGGAAACAAAGGGCCUUUGGUGGAAUUUGUCAGGAGCAGCGAGAAACCAAGAAACGUACCACAGUAAGGAAAACGUGCAAAACAGCCCGGGUUUCCUCAUCUGGGAACUAAGAGAACUUUUCAACCAUGGAUCCAUUGGAUUCCGGCAUGCGAUACACCCCAAAAUCCCAGGACAAGGACUGGGACUCGGCGGUGCAGUUCCUCCCGGCCACCGACUCGCGGAAGCUGGAGAAGAAGAAGGGUCCGGGGAAGGUGGGAGCGGCCAUCGGCCUGGUGAUCUUCGCUGCUGUCAUUGCCCUCAUGACCGGCCUGCUGGUGUGGCACUUCCACUUUCGUCAGGAGGAGAAGGUAAAGAAGAUAUACACUGGAUCUUUGAGAAUCACCAACCAGGCGUUCGUCGAGGCCUACGAGGACCCCAACAGCACCGAGUUCAAAGUACUGGCCACGGAGACUGUCAACCAGCUGAGAAACAUCUAUUCCAAAAUACCGCAGAUCUCCAAAUAUUACGUUGACUCCACAGUGUCAGGUUUCAGUGAGGGCAGUGUGAUUGCCUACUACAUGUCGGAGUUCAGUGUGCCCUCUGGGCAGGAGUCUGCCGUGGACGUAGUCAUCCAGUCCCUCGACAAGUUUGUGGACCAGCAGCAGGGCCGAAUGCGGACGAAGAGCACGCUCCAACUAGACCACGUAGAGGCCAGAGCCCUGGAUGCUAGACUGUUCAGGACCUCGUUCAAAGCCAUGUACCGCUAUUACAAACACGUCCAGGGGGACGGGGUCGGGACUCUGCAGUCUCCGGGUUUUCCGAACGUCCCGUACAGUCCCAACACCUUGGGCAAGUGGGAAAUCCGGGCCGAUCCGGGCUAUGUGGUCAAGCUGAAGUUCGACACCUUCAGCCUGGAGGAGGACUGCAGCAAAGACUUCGUCAAGGUGUACGAUUCACUGGCCCCCAUCGAGAGCCAUCUCAUGGCAGAAGAGUGCGGGACCAACCCUCCCAACGAGCCCCUGGUCUUCACCUCCUCGAGGAACGUCAUGCUGAUCACACUCGUCACCGAUGACAGCAACCACUUCCCCGGCUUCCUGGCUCACUUCUCUCAGGUCCCCGCCAGCAAAAACCAGGACUGCGGUGGACAACUGAGAGGGUCGAGAGGCACCUUCACGUCUCCCAACCACCCCGCCUACUACCCCCCUAAGGUCACCUGUAAGUGGAACAUUAAGGUCCCAACGGGGAAAGUGGUUAAGGUGACGCUCAGUAAGGUAAUGGUAGAACCGGGCCAGGGCUCCAGCAGCUGCACCAAGGACUAUGUGAAAAUCAACGGGGAAAAGCACUGUGGAGAUCAUGAGGUCAUCACAGUCACCAGUCAAAACGACAAGAUGGAAGUCGAGCUUUAUUCUGACAAGUCUGUCGUCGACUACGGCUUCUCUGCCGAGUAUGAGGCAGUCGACGCUUCUGACGUCUGCCCUGGGAAGUUCAAGUGCAAGAACACCCGCUGUAUCGGCAAAGCCCAGGCGUGUGACGGCUGGAACGACUGCGGUGACAACAGCGAUGAGGCAAAAUGCAGAUGUACGGAUACUCAGAUCCAGUGUAAGAACUCCCUUUGCAAGCCCAAUUUCUGGCAGUGCGAUGGUGUUGAUGACUGUGGGGACAACACUGAUGAGCUGGGCUGUGGGUGCGGCAAGGGAGAGAUCACCUGCAAAAACGACAAGUGCGUCUCCGAGAAGAGGAAGUGUGACGGCCAUGACGACUGUGGGGACGGCACGGACGAGGCGGACUGCCCUAAGACAUCGACCGAGGUGACCUGCUCGGAGCAAACUUUCCGCUGCAACGACGGGACGUGUGUCAGCAAGCCGAACUGCGAGUGUGACGGGGUCAGUGACUGUGAAGAUGGCUCUGACGAAGUCGCCUGUGACUGUGGGAAGCAGCCAUAUAAGAGCCAGCGCAUCGUCGGGGGGACGAACGCUGAGGAGGGCGAAUGGCCCUGGCAGGUCAGCCUCCACAUCAAAAACUCGGGACACGUGUGUGGCGCGUCCCUCAUCAACGACCGCUGGCUGGUGACCGCCGCCCACUGCGUGCAGGACAGCUCCAAAGUCAAGUACUCGCAGCCAGGUGUGUGGGAGGCCUACCUGGGCCUGCACAAGCAGGGGGAGAUGGGAGAAUUUACAGAGAAGAGGAACAUCAAACGCGUUAUUGACCACCCAUACUACAACUCCUACACCUUCGACAACGACAUUGCCCUGAUGGAGCUGAGCAGCCCGGUCUCCUUCAACAAGCGCAUCACGCCCAUCUGCCUGCCCAGCUCAUCGCACGACUUCCCCUACGGCAAGUCCGUCUGGAUCACAGGCUGGGGGGCCACCCGGGAGGGCGGUUACGGCGCUUCAGUGCUACAGAAGGCGCAAGUGCGAAUCAUUAACGGCACCGUCUGCAACAAACUGAUGGGCAACCAGAUCACCUCGCGCAUGAUGUGCGCCGGUGUUCUUAGCGGAGGGGUGGAUGCCUGUCAGGGUGACUCCGGCGGGCCUCUCUCAGCCAAGGAGACUGGCAGCGGGCGCUUGUUCCUGGCGGGCGUGGUGAGCUGGGGUGACGGCUGUGCCCGGAGGAACAAGCCGGGGAUCUACACCAAGGUCACCAAGUACCGCAGCUGGAUUAAGGAGAACACAGGGGUGUAGGGUCCAGAAACCCAGGGGUCAGGGACGCGGGCGGGGGGAACUUGGGGUGGGGGGUUUGUGGACAUACUGAAGGACAGAAGACCCCUGGUCUGGCUGGAAGCAAAGACCCUGGGCCCUGGGUCAAUUCAUGACAAUUCACUUUAGAUCUAACUGCCCACCCUAAACCCCCCCCCCUUGAGUCUCCCUACAGCCCAGAACCAAGAGCAAAGGGACUUGGGUUUGCACUCCCAACCCCCAACAAAGUACCAUAAUUCAGUUAACAUGUGGACCCCCCAAAGCCCAGGCUACAGACUGCUGUCGAAACACAAACCACUUUUAAUUACUUUUGAAUUCAGUGAAAUCAAUUUUGUGCAUGUGUGAACGAACGUGCACACGAGUGUGCGUGUGUGUGUAUGUACAUGUGUGAAUGUGUAUGUAUUUCUUAAAAAUGUGUUUUAUGGUGGGGUUGUUACAGAUUUAAAAUAUGUAAAUAAAUGUUUUAUUUUAUCUUUUAAAUGUUGUUUUAGAACUACUUAAUUAUGCACGUGAUGCUGAUUCUGCAUAUUUGCACAAGGACGGGAAAAGUUCUCUGUGUGUAUGCGGUGAAGGGACUAUGACUGUGUUUAAAACUGCAAACUACUCAUACUAAAUUUCAGGCUUAUUUUCAUUGAAAAGUAGUAUGCUAAGUAUACAGUUUUUAACACAGCCAUUGUUUCCUCUACUUCCUGUCUGCAGCUUGCAGCAUAGCACAACUGAAAGCGCAGUUUUUUUUCUUUCUCCAAAACCAGUCAUUCAACUUGCUCUGGAAACUGAUUUACUCCAAACCAGUGCUUUUUGACUGCAAAUCAAAAUCUGAAUCUCCUUUUCAGCCCUGUUGAGUGCUUGAAUGUCUGUCAGUUUCAUACCAUUCAUCAUCAGGGAAUCCAUAUGUAGAUAAAUGGUAUAAUGGUAUUUCUACCGCUCUCUCUCUCUCUCUCUCUCCCUCUCUCUGUUCACAUAUGUGAAUUGCAUUUUUUUAAACUACCUGAUGAAAUGCUGAUGUUUGUAUGUAUGGAAUUUAUUUAAAGAGAGAACAAAUUAA